CUCACUUCACUGAGAAAGAAAAGAGGAUCGCAACCAAUUCGGGGUGCACUUUCCUUGCAGGAAACUUUAGUUACCAGCACAGCUCAACACAGUCUGCCUUGGAGAGAAGCUAGGAGUUUCCAAAGCAGCAGCCACUGGAAGCAAGCAGAGGAUACCGAACCAAUACGAAGCAAAUAAACAUGCAGACCGCUGUUAGUGCUCGACUGGCGUGGCUAUGCGCGCUGACCGUCUCUCUGGCCGUCUCCCCAGCGUGGCUGCAGAAACCACCCAAGCGGAAGCUGGUCAACGGGAGCGUCAAAGGCUGCUGCGAGGAGCUGAAGGAGCUGAAGGUGCAGGUGGCCAACCUGUCCGCCUUGAUAGAGGAGCUCAGCAAGAAGCAGGACAACGAACUGGGCAGCGCCAUCAUGCAGGUCAUAGAGCUGGAAGGGAGCAUCAAGCGGAUGGAUAUGCGCCUCAACGACGUGGAAGGGAAAUACUCCGAGAUGAACAACCAGCUGGGCAUUGUGCAGCUCCAGGCGGCUCAAACAGUCACACAAACAUCGGCAGACGCUGUGUAUGACUGUUCAUCGCUUUAUCAGAGGAACUACAGGACCACAGGGGUCUACAGACUCCUUCCAGAUGAAUUCCUUGGGACACCAGAACUGCAGGUAUAUUGCGACAUGGAGACCGACGGCGGAGGCUGGACCGUCAUCCAGAGGCGCAAAGUUGGCCUGAUCUCCUUCAACCGAGACUGGAAACAGUACAAGCAAGGCUUUGGCAGCAUACAGGGUGACUUCUGGCUGGGAAACGAACACAUCCAUCGGCUCACCAUGCGCCCAACUGCGCUGCGGGUGGAGCUGGAGGACUGGAAUGGCAACACCCGUUAUGCGCAAUAUAGCUACUUUGCGAUGAGCAACGAGUUGAAUAGCUACCGUCUGCUCCUGGCCAACUACAGCGGCAACCUCCCCCACGAUUCCUUGAGAUACCACAACAACACAGCCUUCAGCACAAAGGACAAGGACAACGACAAGUGUGUGGAUCACUGCGCGCAAUUGCGCAAAGGUGGCUACUGGUACAACUGCUGUACAGACUCCAACCUGAACGGUGUUUACUACCGCAACGGCGAACACAACAAGAGCACAGACGGCAUCACCUGGUACGCCUGGUACGGGAAAACCUACUCCCUGAAGAAGGUGGAGAUGAAGAUCCGACCCUCGGACUUCAAGGCCCAAGGGGACACCAACAAGGUUGAAUAAGGAGGCAGCAGGACCUCCGCAUGAGGGGACUAUUGGAGGAAAGGGGGACGGGCAAACACACACACAUAGACACUUACUUAAUAGCAAAACACAACCACAGAUGUGAACAGAAUGGACGGAUGCAGGGUAUCGCACCGCACACAUUACCAUCGACACAGGCCUCAAACAUUUUGCAAACCAAAACAUCUGUACCCUUUCUUGUGACAACAUUCUAUCCAGGAGAAUGCUCAAAAAACGUACCAAGACAGAGACUCCUUUGCCUCAUAAGAAUAUUGUGCACACUGUGAUCACGGAGUGGCUCUAGUGUAUUUACCAGACAGAUAGGCAUCUUUAGACGGGAGCCGAAGUGAAGCAGCUUGUCAGCUUCUUGUUAUAUGCGCCAUGCAAUCUCUACCACUUUCAGUUAAGUCAAGCACACAAUGGAGGUAAAAGAAGCAGAGUUAGGGAGUUGUUUCAAGACAAAGGGAGCAAUAAUGCCUGAGUUAGAAGCACGGAGUUAAAGUUAGAAGCACGGAGUUAAAGACAUCAAGAAUAACACGCGACAAAGACUGCCACAUACCAUAAUGCAUUUUGGAGAAGCCAUGUUCAGAAGAAGUCACUAAGGGCUGCUCUCAGAGCCCAAUUCCCUGCUUAACUGUGUUGCCGGAGUGGGUUCAUAGUUAAUAUAUCUAUUUUUUAUUUUCAUUCACUUUUUUUAUUAUUACAAGAGGAAAUUAGCUUAAUUUAAAGUUGCUGCCUUGACCCCGGAAGAUGCCAGUUUUCUGGGAAGUGUCUUGUAUGCGUUGACUAGCCAAAACAUGGAACAUUUAACAAGGAGUGCCUUAUCCAUUACAGAAGGCUGUUGCGUGGGAGACAUCUCCAGGUGGGUUUGCGCAUGCUGUACAUUUAAAAAAGCGCUCUGUACAAAUUGUGCCUUGUCUGUGUAAUGGAAUCACCCCCCUUUCCCAAUUCUAAAA